AUGAAAGGUCGUGAUAUUCUUGCUUGGCUCUCUGUCCAGCACGAUACUCUCCCGCAGCCUCAGAUCCGCAAACGCAAACGCACUCAGGGUCUCCAGACUCCGCCGCCAGACAGCACCAGCUCCAUUGGCACGAUGGAUACGCCAGCAAAACGCACCGCCACGCAUAUCGACGAAGAUCAGGAGACUCCACGGGCCUCACGGUCAUACCCGGCAGGAGGAUCGCUGCCCUCGACAUCCUCAAGAACGAGCCAACGCAGUCGCGCGUCUCCGUCCAAAAGAAGGAGGGAGGUGGAAUCUAUGGAGAGGUUGUCCUUGCGCACCAGGUCCUUUUCCACGAAGAAGCCUAAUGAUCUCCCAGAGACUUUAAAGAUUAUACUCCGCGAUCUCACACAGGCCAGUAAAGGGAGGCGCAUCAUUUCUUGGUCCCGGCGUAAGGAGAUUCCCUGUACAGAGGACAGCAUCGAAGAUUGGCAUUUCCUUCCUUGCGAUUCAGAAGAAGCCGAGUCCCCAUCCUUUAAAGAUGUCUGUAAGAUCCAAAAAAGGGCUGGUAAAUAUGCCGAAGCGUCUUAUGACGAAGCGGCUUGGACCGCGGGGGUUGUUUUCCCCCUGCUUGAAUUAGCGAUACCCGAUGACGAACAGCUAGUUCGGGUGCCUUGUACGUCGGCGAGAGUUGUUGAUAGGGAUUUGCUGCCUCCAGCCUACGCCAGCGGCAAGAUGGUUGACAUUUGCCUUGCGAUCGACCCAUCGUGGACCCCACAAAGCAACGAAGUUACCUCCCCUUCCACCGCCACAACAACCUCUGGCGUCGACUCCAACAUCGAUAACGGAGCAAGAGUCGCCGAUUCCCUACGCAUGAUACAAAGGCAUCAGCCUUUCAAGACUGUUAACCACACGGAUUACCAACCUUUAUCAGAAUCCCCCAUCGCGCUGAGUAUCGAAAUCAAGCGUCCGAGCGGCGAUAGCGAAGAGGCCCAAAGGCAGCUGGCUGUUUGGCAAUACGCACAUUGGAACAUGCUGCAGCUUUUGGCCUCAACCAAGAUUGACGGUCGUCUCUCAACGUUGGAAGGACUAUCCUUUCUUCCAGGUAUUUACAUUGUCGGACACAAGUGGGAAUUUUCGGCAACAAUUCGCAAUAAUACUGGGGAAGUGGUUCAGUGGAUAGACUGCCCUCUGGGCAGCACAGAAACUGCUCACGGCAUUUAUGCCAUUAUUUGGGGGCUGCGUCGCAUCGCCCAGUACCUUGCCCAGCGCUUAUCGAUUAGCGAUACAACCUCCGACGCGUCACCACCGACGCGCCACAAGCUAUGCCCCCAGAUCCUCAAUCAGUUCGACCAUGUUUCGUCCGUGCACGAGGCCCACCCGGCCAAUCACGCCGCUCGCCUCAAUCUAUUCGACUUGGAGAAUGUGGGAAGCCAUGAGAAAGUAUAG